GCUGCAUUAUUACGAGCGCGCGAUCGAGAGAGAAAGUUGGAGAAAAAGAGGAGAAAUUCCUGUGGACGCAGAAGAUUUUUGCCCUCUUUUUUGGCACCACAGGCAUUGUAGAUAAGAAGCGUUUGGAUUGGAUGGGAUGGGAAAGCUUGAAGCAAAGACGCAAGCAUUUGGUAGCGAGAUUUUGUCAAAGGAUUUCUAAGCCACGAAAUUGCCAAGGGGCGAUUUCGUGGCCUCAGAGAGAAGGAAAAAGGGAAAUUAGGGCUCAAUUAUGUGGGGGGCAUGGAAUGGAAUCAUUCGUGCGGAAAAAAUGGAUGGUGGUGCCGUCCUCCAACGGUUUUCCGGGACAUCAUUCUUUGUGCGCCAAAAAGGAGGUUAAAAUAACGCGCUUGCCCUAACCCUAACUUGCCCACGUGUCCUCUGUUUAGCCCUAACGUCGACGAGGAAAAAUGCGCUCUCCGGCCGUUCAAAGCGUCAAGAGGGAUUUGCAGGAGUUGAAGGCCUCGGAUUUCGCGUCCCUUGCGCUGGCGCUCAAGGACGGCAGGAUUUCGAGCUUGGAGCUUUCGAUUGGCCGCAACGCUGAGCCUCGAUUCACCUUUCUCAGUCCCAGACAUGCUGACGCCAUGUUCAACUUCUCCAGAGCUUUGGCGUGGUCAGUCUCUUCAGGGGGGUGGCUGCAGCAUUUGGAGCUUGGAUUUUCUUUGUGUAAACGAGACUUACAGCUUCUCGUUCAUGCGCUAUGCUUGUCCAAGACACUAAAGCGUCUGUCUUUUGCAAACAGUGGGCUUGGAGAUUCUAACCUUCAUCUCCUGGCUAGAGGAUUUCGUGAUUGUGCAUCCCUGCAGGUGCUCUGUCUUGCAGGAUGCAAUCUUACUGAUGCUGUAGCUCCAGUUUUGACAUCUAUCCUCAAGGUCUGUGAUUUAUUUAUUCCAUUCUAUGGUUUUCUUCCUUUUUCUCUAUCGUGUUUGGCCAUGCGACAGGCAAAUCUGUCUCGGAAAAUUCAAGAAGAUUGGCAAAACAGCCUGCGCGUCUACAGACAAAUGCCAGGCCGCAGUGUGAACAGAUGCGGGCUGCGGGUUCUCGAUCUGUCGUGGAACAUCUUAACAGUAGCGUCCGUGAGGGAAAUGUGUACGAUAUUCCGCCUUGGGCCAUCCAUCGAAGCACUGGAUGUCAGGGGAAAUAACCUGGAUCUCGAGAGCCAGAAACUGCUCAACGAUGUCAUGAGCGAGUGGGGGAUUCUAAAGUUCGUUGACCUCAGGGAAAGUGGAAAGUCCUCUCUUUUGGGAGUUCUCGAGAAGGGGCAGUAUGCAACAGAAUCACGAUUUCCCGUCUCCACGAAGUCUCCAACUAGGCACUACAGUCGAAAGUGGAAGAGGAAGAGUUGGCCCUCGAGAAAGGAGCUCACAGGGCAGGGGGUGUGCACACCAAAAGCAAAGAGAGUAUCCGAUGCGGAGAGGUACUCAUUAGGGACAAGGACAAAUUCGCUCUUAUCGAACACAAAGCUGGCCUCUCAGUCACUACUUUCUUCGCUUGAAACAGCGCCCUUCUCGCCAGUCACACCGGUCACGCCGAGCUCCCUCAACUUGGAGCCGUCAAGUUGGAAUCACGAUGAUCAAGACGGCAACAGGUGUAUCUCUUGUAGCACUAGCACUGAUGACUUGAGAUGGUCAACCGCCGAAAGGCCAGUGGGUUAUAGCAGUGACGCAACUAGCACUGAUGACUUACAGCACUUCUCAUGCGCCCCCGCCCGCAAGUUGGUGGAGUUUAAAGACGACCCGACCUCCACGAAAAGCAACAACGCAGAGUGGAACGGUUUUCUUACUGAUAUUGGGAAAGCACUUCUCCAGCUCAAUGAUCGUCUAGACAGAUUAAUCGGGCCGUGUGGAGAAUCUGACAAUUUGAGGAGACAACUGUCAGCGCUUGUUUGAGUAGUCCUUUGCUCUGGAGGGAGAAAAAAAACACUUACCUGGUUGGUAAAUUUUCAUCGUCAUUCAUAAGUUGGUGGAUGCAGCAUCUUGUUUGAAACCUUUUGUUCUUUCUUUUCCGAAAUGCCAGAAGAAUCAGGCAAGUCGAUUUAGCA